AUGGACAUGCUGGCGGUGGCUAUGUCGGAUUUCAAGCACACCAUCAGAUCUUCCCAAGAAGUCUUUGAAUUCUUUCGCACCCUUGCAGCCGCCUGGCCACUCCGUGAAAGGCUUCCUCACACCAAAAGUGGAUCUAUCCAAAUCCGAUGGGUCCCUGGACACGCGGAAAUCCCUAAGAAUGAAGCGGCUGAUCUCGCUGCCAAAGAAGGAGCCGCCUCUAUCUCUCCCUCUCCACACAAGUCCUCAUAUGCCUCGCUAAAGAGAUACGCCAAGACUCAAUCUCUCUCCACUGCUCAAACACGGUGGCAGUCUGUGGCACCACAGACAUAUCAAGACCUAGAAAUAACUACAUCUCCUAAGUGCCCUGAAGAGCUUCAACUUAACUGACUUAACCUUGGCCGUAUUAUUGCAGCCCGUACUGGUCAUGGAG